ACUCCUUCUAAGUAUUUUCAUAGCUCUAUGUCUAGGUUCUGUGACAAGUUGUCAUCAACGCCAGACACGCCAAAUACGCUAAUUGAUGCAAGAUGGCAAAACAGCUGACAGACCAAAUUUUAGAAUAUCUAAACAGCCAUGAUGAAACAAAUUCGCUGGAUUUAGCGGACGAGUUUCAGGAAGAUCAUCAGAAGAUCAUAGGAGCUAUCAAGAGCCUUGAAACAAUGGAUAACUUGAUCAUAGUGAAUCCAAUUUCAAAAAGGAAAUGGGAGAUCACAGCUGAAGGACAACAUAUAAUAGAACAUGGCAGUCACGAAGCAGUUAUUUACAAUGCUAUCCCUGAUAAAGGAAUACCUCAAGCAGAGCUGAUGAAAUCUGUUCCUUAUGCUAAAGUAGGUUUUUCCAAGGCAAUGGUUGCUGGAUGGAUUGAGCUUGAUAAAAGUGGAAGCAUUCCUAUUGUACGAAAAAAAGUACCAUCUAUUGUAGAUACCAUACAAAUACAUUUAAAGGAUCUUGCAAAUAUUCCAGAGAAUGUUAAAACUGAAUAUAAAAAGAGAAAGCUUCUACAAGAUAUCGUAACUAAGAUUAUGCAUCUGAAAAGAGGGCCUAACUUUUCUACAAAAGUAGAAAAAUUAGAAGCAGACUUAACAUCAGAUUUACUAGUAAAUGGUGCUUGGAAAAACAAGAAAUUCAAACCAUACAAUUUUGAGGCACUAGGUGCUGCGCUUCAAAUUGGACAUUUGCAUCCAUUAUUAAAAGUUCGUCAAGAAUUUAAAAAAAUUUUCUUAGAAAUGGGAUUUACAGAGAUGCCGACAAAUAAUUAUGUAGAAAGUUCUUUCUGGAAUUUUGAUGCUCUGUUCCAACCACAGCAACAUCCUGCUCGUGAUGCACAUGAUACCUUUUUUGUUUCUGAACCACGUAUUACUACAAAAUUUCCCAUGGAAUAUCUUGAACGUGUGAAAACUGUUCACAGUAAAGGAGGGUAUGGAUCCCAAGGUUAUAGAUAUGAUUGGAAAUUGGAAGAGGCACAGAAAAAUUUGCUGCGCACUCAUACAACAGCUGUUACUGCACGGAUGUUAUAUAAACUCAUGCAAGAGGGAGAGUUUAAGCCAGUGAAAUACUUCAGUAUUGAUAGAGUAUUUCGCAAUGAGACUUUAGAUGCAACGCAUCUUGCAGAGUUUCAUCAAAUUGAAGGUGUUGUUGCCGAUUAUAAUCUUUCACUCGGUGAUCUUAUCGGCAUUAUAUACGAAUUUUUCAAAAAGCUUGGCAUCACUCAGCUUCGUUUCAAGCCUGCAUAUAAUCCAUACACUGAACCAAGUAUGGAAAUAUUCUGUUUUCAUAAUGGCUUGGAGAAAUGGAUAGAAAUUGGUAACAGUGGCAUGUUUAGGCCCGAAUUGUUAUUGCCACUGAAUGUACCUCCUGAUGUAAAUGUUCUCGGAUGGGGUUUGUCCUUAGAAAGACCAACAAUGAUUAAAUAUGGUUUGAAUAAUAUACGCGAUCUUGUUGGACCAAAAGUGGACAUGGAAAUGGUUCACAACAAUCCUAUAUGUCUAUUAGAGAAAACUAGUCGUUACAUGAUGCGUUUAAAUCAAGAAAUGCAAGAAGAAAAGUUAAUUAAAGCCAAUCAGUCAAAUCAAGAAACAAAAAUCGAGCAAACAGUGAAAUAUCCUUCAGAAAAGCUAAAGUUUUCUAAUCAACAUUUUGUUAUUUUUUGCGAUCCAAAUUAUCCAAUUUAUUUCAUCGAGUCUUUAUUACGAUUCAUAAAACUAUAUUUUAAUGUUUCUGUGUCAACAUAUGUUCAUUCUACAGUGACAAAUUUUCCUAAUGAGCUCGCUGAAUUCUGUUCAGAUUUUUUCAACAUGAACACACAUGCGAAUAUAUCUUUAAUUUUGAUUUGGAAAACUGUCGGGAUUGAUCCUAUUAUGGUAUUACCAGGAAUGCAUAGAAUUCAGGGGAUAGUAAAUGUGGCACGAUAUUUAAAUCGCUUAAUUGAACUGAACAAUACAAAUGUAUUAAAAUAUGAACGAAAUGGGCCACUUUACGCGAGUAAGAUAGAUACUUAUUUAGAUAAAAUACAUUGCUAUUUGCAUGGUAUUACAAAUACUAUCAUAUCACAGAAAAUUCAUAAAAAGUCAUGUUAUGUGAUGGGUGAGGAUAUCUCUAUAGUUGAUUUCAUUUUUGAAUCUCUUGACAGGUAUAAAGUAAGAAAGAAUUAAUUUAUUAAAAUUUAUUUAUUUUAUGAAUAAAAAUAAAUUUUAUGUAAG